AUGGCCCUGGGUUCUUUGGUGUUCUUUCUGUUUGCAGGGUGUAGUUUAGCACUGGAGAAUACAGAGAGCCAGACUUCGCCUCAAAGAUGUAAGGAGGAUACCAACACUUUCCUCUGGGAAAUUAACCAGGAGAGACCAAAGGAAUAUGCUGUACUCAUGUAUGAUGCAUUUGGAAAGAUGGGUAGCAAUGUUGAAGGAGGUAAUGUCAACCAGCCUGGCUCGCUGCAGCAGUGUCGCUCUGCCCACGGUCCCACCUUCUCUGGACAGUACUGCCAGGUGUUCCUUCGGCAGGAAACAGUCCAGUACUUUGUGGGUAUUUGUGUUCCUGACUCCUGUGGGGAAGAGGAUGUACAAAUGCUGGUGCUGUACGAGAAACUUCAGCUUGGUCAGACAUCUCUCAUUCCCCCUUUACCUUCCAUCCUGGUCAAUGAGUCCACUCAGGAGAUGAUCAUGAUCCAUUGUUUGUCCAACACCAUUGCCCCAGAUGCAUCAGAUGUCACCUGCUUGUUUGUGUGUUGUGUGAUGGUGGCGAUUCCUCUUGCGGCUACCUUGUUCACGGCUAUUUUAAGGUGGCAAAGGAACAGGGAGGUCAGUCCAUCUGUAGAGUCUUCCUGUUUAAACACUGGCCUCAACCUUUAUGGGACUCUGAAGACCAACGGCUCCUCUACCAGUGAAAUGAAUAGAAGCGCUUCAGAGGAAAAUAAUAGCACCAGCCACACACCGUGUUCUCCUCGAAGCUGUGUGAGCCGGUGCCUUCAGGCAUUUUCUCUACAGAAUACCAGCCAAGGUGUCCUGAGCACCUCCUCAUCCGUCCCAGAGGGAGGCUACUCCUCCCUGAAUGGCAUCCGUGUUCUCAGUCUGUUAUGGAUCAUAUGUGGCCACUCCGCACAGUUCUCUGUAAUAAACAACUUGGAUAACUACAAGAACUGGAAGAAAACAGUAGAAAGCAGCCCUCUAUAUGUGUUUGCCAUCAGUGGACCUGUUUUUCUGGCUGUAGACACCUUUUUACUGCUGGGAGGUCUACUUAGUGCCAGGUCUCUGUUAAGCACCAUUAGCAGGGCUGAAGACAAACUGAGCGCUAGUUUGGUGGCCAGCUACUUCUUCAAGAGGAUUAAAAGGAUUCAGCCACUUCAUCUGUUCAUUAUGUGUCUAACCAUUGGACUCAUCUCUUUGGUCCAGUGGGGACCCUACUGGUUCCCACUUAUGGAAACAAUGAUGGAUUGUAAGACAUACUGGUGGGCUAACGUACUAUUGAUUAGCAAUCUCCUCCCAGUCCAUGAGAUAUGUAUUCCUUGGACGUGGUACUUGUCUCUUGACUUCCAGUGUUAUGCCACCACUCCUCUGUUGCUCUAUUUUUACAGAUUGAACAGAGGUGUGUUUGCGGCUGUGGCAGGCGGCCUGCUGCUGAUGACCACCAUCACUGGGGUUAUUAUAACUGCACUCCUGCAGCUGCCAGUCUUUGAGCCAUCCACAAUGACAUCUUACAAUUAUGUCUUACAGUACUAUGUGAAACCCUACACAAGAUAUGGGCCAUUUUUAAUUGGGAUCUUGACUGGAAUAUACCUGAUGACAAAGAAAGAUCAGCUUUUAAAGGAGAAGUGGCAGGCAGCACUUGGUUGGUUCUGCUGUUUUUCUGUCAUGGCUGCGGUGGUUGGAUUGGCCUACGUCCUCAAGGAUACCCCACCUUAUCCAUCAGUGCCACAUGCCCUCUAUCAAGGACUGCACAGACCACUCUGGGCUCUCGCUGUGGCCUGGAUCAUACUGGCCUGUGAGGAGGGUUAUGGAGGUUUUAUCAAGAGCUUCUUGUCACUGGGUGUCUGGGUUCCACUUUCCAACAUUAGUUUUGCUUGCUAUCUGUCACAUCCUGUCUUCAUCAUCCUCUACAUUGGCUUGCAAGAGACCCCAAUCCACUACACAGACUCAAACUUCAUGUACCUGUUCCUUGGCCACCUGGUGCUGACGCUGGUGGUGAGCUACGUGUUGACUGUGCUGAUUGAGAAGCCAUACCUCCUCCUAAAAUGCAGCCGUACAUAGAUGCAAGCCUGAACACAACAGAAAACCUGUCCAGUUUUUAAACCCCCCAUUUCUAUAUCCUGUUUG